CGAGAAGGGGACGGAGCUGCGGGUGGGGGCGGGUCUGCACCGCGCCGGGUGCGCUCUCCCUGCGGAGCUGCGGGUGCGUCCUCCCGCUCCAUCCUCAGGCCUGGCCUCUUGUGGCCGAGGUGCUGUAGGCGACGCGAUGCGGGUAUCCCGGGCCGGGCAAGCAAGGCGCAGUACGGGCUCAUGAAACUCCCCGGUGCCGGGCGCGGGAGCGCGGGCCAGCCAUGGGCGGCAGCCUGCGGGUGGCUGUUCUGGGUGCUCCGGGAGUGGGCAAGACCGCCAUCAUCCGCCAGUUCUUGUUUGGUGACUAUCCUGAGCGCCACCGACCCACGGACGGUCCCCGCCUCUACCGGCCCGCGGUGCUGCUCGACGGCGCCGUCUACGACCUGAGUAUCCGCGAUGGUGACGUCGCUGAACCCGGCUCGAGCCCCAGAAGUCUUGAGGAGUGGUCGGACCCUAAAGACUGGAGCUUGCAGGACACAGACGCCUUUGUGCUGGUCUACGACAUCUGCAGCCCCGACAGUUUCGAUUAUGUUAAAGCCCUGAGGCAGCGUAUAGCAGAAAACAGGCCGGCGGGAGCGCCAGAGGCCCCCAUCCUGGUGGUAGGCAACAAGCGGGACCGUCAGAGGCUGCGCUUUGGACCUCGCCGUGCACUGGCCACUCUAGUUCGCAGGGGCUGGCGCUGUGGCUACCUCGAGUGCUCAGCCAAAUACAAUUGGCACGUGCUGCGUCUCUUCCGAGAGCUUCUGCGUUGUGCUUUGGUGCGCACACGUCCUGCACACCCGGCCCUUCGCCUGCAAGGGGCGCUGCACCCAGCGCGCUGCAGCCUCAUGUGAUCAGAUUGGAGAGGGAAAUCUCGUGAAAGCAGGCUUCACCCAGACUCCUGGCCAUCGGGCUUUUGACCUCGAUUGGACCCAGCUAACUGCCAAUCAUUGGACAGAUCAGUUUUACCUGAGACCUUAUUGGAUCAUACGCACAGGUGGAAGGGACUGGACCAUGAAUGUGUACAGCUUCUAGCGCUCAUAUUGAACUACACAGACCCACCUGCCUCUACCUCUCCACUGCUGGACUGGCUGCUGGAGACACCUUUAAAGCCAUGCCUAACCAGGUAAUAAAAACAAAUGCAAAAACCGUAAAUGCACAAUUUAAGGGUUCCUUGUUCUGGAAUAGACAGGUCCAGAGCACUGAGGUCUGGCCUCUAGGCAAUUAACUCUAGAAUUCCAACAUAGAAUGAAGGCUCGGUCCCCCCAAAACAG